AUGUCGAGCAAGUUUUCCCUAUCAACAGUUGCUGUUUGUUUCCUUGGGGCAGCUUUUGCCGCUGCCCAUGCAAAGCGAUCCGAUGAUUUCACUCCCUUGCAACUACCACUCACCUCGCUGCCGGAAUGGACACAUGUUGUCAACGUCACGAUAGGCACACCAGGUCAGAGUCUGCCGAUGAUCAUCUCGACUAUCCAUUACCACACCUGGGUUCCCAAUGCGGACUCAAAAUAUUGCGAUGCUGCGGGAUACCACGAGAACAAGUUAGACAACGGCCACCACAACAUUAAGCCUUUUCCAUCGGUUUGUCGUUGGGGAAGUUUUAAUUCCUCCCUAUCGAAGACAUACGUGGAUCGGACACCGAAUGACCAAAAUACCGCAUGGUUCCAGUGGUUUCAUGAAAUUUCUGAGGGCGUUCUCGAAGACAACGGUGGCAAUAUAAACGGAAUGAAUUUCACAGACCGCCUGGAAGCCGGAGACAUCGUUAUGGAUGAUUAUCCUAUGGUUUUGCAGCACUCGGGGCGUCGAUGGAUUGGUGUUCUAGGACUCAAAAACCGCACCGGCUGGCUUUUGGAAGAAGGCUACCCCAGCUUUAUGGAACGUCUUGUGUCUUCUGGACGGAUUCCCACCAAUGCAUUCAGCGUCUGGCUUGACAACCCUGAAGGGACCACUGGCUCUGUGCUCUUUGGGGCUAUCGACAAAUCUCGGUACGAGGGGAAGCUCACUCGUAUGGUUGUUGGCAACUCCUAUAACAUUUAUAUCACCUCCUUUAGUGGCAUCAUGGAGUCGGGGGAGAAGCUAACUCCUCCUCCCGACCCCAAUCUGGCUGACCCUGAGGGCAAAAGGAGUUACAUAGCCAUCUUAACGAUUAGUAACCGAUUUUCUUAUCUCCCUCCUUUCAUUGCAGACUGGAUGGCAGAGAUUGUCGGCGCUCGGUAUAACGAGACGUUGCAACGCUUUACGGUUCCUUGCGAUGCUGGCCAGUCAAAAAAGGCAAAAUUCUCUUUGCAGCUGGAGGGUGAAAAAGGCCCUGUGCUCACUGUUGAGGUUUCUGACCUCAUAAUACCCGUGACAGACAUAAUUCCCCUCUAUUCCCAUCAUAUCAAUGACACAGGCACCUACUAUUCUGAGGAUCUUAGAGGCAACAACACUUGCUUCUUUGGCGUGCAGAAGGACUCUGAGCCUUGGUUUUACAGGAUUGGGAGCUCGCUUCUUCGUCACACAUACAUGGUCUUCGACAAUGUCAACGGGGAAGUUGGCUUCGCUCCCGUCAAGUUUCCUUCCCCAGAUGCAGAGCCCCCGGCCCCAGAGAUUGUCUAUUUCAAGAACUACGGCGCCACAAUCCCAUCAUCUAAGAUUUAUUGUGGAGCGAGCAAAAAUGAGUGCAUUCGCGCUGGCUACAAGCUCGACCAGACUCGCCGUAACGUUGGCAUCGCUUUUGGAGUCAUAGGCGGCGUACUGCUUGUUGCGCUCCUGGGUUGGUGCUUCUGGAAGCUGUAUAAGAGGUCUAAAGCAACAGCAGCGGCUGCGGCGGCGAGGGACGAAGAGACGGUUGCAGAAGAUGGGUCUAGAUCGUUGAUCACGAAGGUACAGAGUGGCCAGGAGACUGAAGCUCCCGCAGCUACAGAGAGUUCUUCGUCGGUAGCUGGCCAGGAAAAUAGGGCCGCAAGAGACUAG